CAACAAUACUGGGCUUGGAAUAACUUGUCCAAAAUGUCCAACAUCCAACUUUAUGUGAAGCUGUGAAGAAAUGGUACAAAAAUAUUAUGAAAAGUUUAAUUUUUAUUGAUUUGAACUAGUUUUGCAUAUUAUUAGCUUAAUCCAGUAUUAAUUGAAGUAUUCCUUAUCUGUAAUCAAUCGAAACCAGCUUUGUAAACUGAGGAAGAAGAAGGCAGACUUCAAAUGUUAGGAACAAGCAAAUGACUUCAUAACCACAACAUCUCUGGAAUAUUUUUCGACCGCAAAUGACAGAAAAUGGCCAGCGAAGACCAGCCUCAUCUUGUUCAGGCUCUCUACUCCUUCAAGGGACGCAAUAAUGAUGAAUUGUGCUUCAAAAAAGGUGACAUCAUAACGGUGACACAAACCGAGGAGGGGGGCUGGUGGGAGGGGACGUUUGGAGAAAAGACCGCCUGGUUUCCUUCCAACUAUGUCAAGGAGUACAAACCAAACAGUGACAGUCUCAGUCUGUCGAAGAGUCAGUCGACCGACUGGGCCGCCAAGCAGAAGGCCUACCGCAGUUUUGUGCUCAAGGAUCUCAUCGAAUCGGAGAAGGCACAUGUCAACGAACUGCAGGGCCUCUAUCACAACUUCCUGCUUCCAAUUGAAAAGGCUGAAAUUAUGAAAAAGUCUGAAUACCAACAGCUGGUGGGUAAUCUGACUGAGGUGCUGGAGGUGCACUCUAGUCUGCUGGACUCACUUCGUGAGGCGGCCACUCAGCCCCCCUCAGAGCAGCGGGUGGGCAGGGUCUUCCUCACGGCAGCCCCCCAACUCAAACACAUCCUCAUCACCUACUGUGCCUCACAUCCGCGCGCUGUGUGCGUCCUAGAGAGAUACAAACAAGAGCUGAGCAGCCUGAUGGAGACGCACGGCGCGGUGAGCCCUGGUCUGCUGGUGCUGACUGCCGGCCUAAGUAAGCCAUUCCGUCGUCUGGACAAGUACGCAGGCAUGUUGCAGGAGAUGGAGCGACACGUCGACGAGAGCCAUCCGGACCGCGGAGACACCCAGCGAUCGGUCGCUGUCUACAAGGAUAUUGCUUCGUCAUGCUCGGUGGUGCGACGUCAGAAAGAGAUGGAGGUGGAGGUGCUUUCGGGCGGAGUACGUGGCUGGGAGGGCGCCGAAGAACUGUCCGCCCUAGGCGACAUCCUUCACAUGGGCUCGGUUGCAGUGGCGCCUGAUCACCAGGAUCGCUACUUGGUUCUGUUUCCCUCAACUCUGCUCGUCUUGUCCGUCAGCCAUCGAAUGAGCGCGUUCAUAUAUGAGGGAAAACUUCCGUUAACGGGCAUCAAUGUUAAUAAAUUGGAAGAGACUGAGAACUGUAAGAACUCUUUCGAAAUUGUAGGACCAAUGAUCGAGCGCAUUGUUGCCGUGUGCCAGACUAAAGAAGACCAGCAGACGUGGAUCGAUUUGCUGAGACAGCAGAUUCGCGCAGUGAGGGGAGGGGGACUCGCUACCUCCCCCACCCUCCGCCAGCCACUGGUACCAACUUCGCCCUCUGCCAACUCAAUUGUGAACAGUAAUGGCGGCCGGCCGUGGAGUGUGUCCUGUCUGCGACCCUCUCCCCCCUUGCGUCCCACCCGUGACGAAAAGUCCAAACGACUGUCCAAGAAACCAGGCGAUAGAGGUUUUGAAGAAGAUGCCCAAAUUUUGCGUGUGAUCGAGGGAUACUGUAUGAGUGCUAAAUCGCGUUACACCAUUAAUUCUGUGGCUGCCGGUCCUCAAGCCAUCAAGCAACGCAUUCCUUCCUGGUUUUCCGACUGAAACAAUCCGGAAAAACUACAUUUAUAUAUAGUCAAUAUUUUUCUAAAAAUAUAUUAGUUAAAAACUUGUAUUUUAUAUCUAUUUUGUACAACUAAUACAUCGGCUAAGUGCCGGUUGCACAACAGCCGGUUGAAUUUUAACCGUGAUUAAUUCCACGAGAACCAAUCAGAGAACAGUCUUUUCAAAAACGCCUUCUCUGAUUGGUUCUAGUGAAAUUAAUCACGGUUCAAAGUUAACCAGCUGUUGGGACUAAGAGUGUUUACCAGCUAACUGCUAUUGUAGACAAACUACAUUUUGUAGAUAUAUUUUAGCAUCACAGAACAUACUUUAAAGGUCUACAAUCUAGAAAAAAGGAUUAAUUAGUUACAAAACUUGUAUUACCUUCCUAUUUUAAUUUUUCUUAGAUAUAGAAAACAGGAUUCAUUAGUUACACAACUUGUAUUACCUUCCUAUUUUAAUUUUUCUUAGAUUAAGCAUAUUAAAUGCUCACAGAUUAUAUGAACAGAAAUUGCUGGUAAAAGCGGGAGAAUUUGAAUGUUAGCCAUAAAAGGGGAAGUACAGUGUUGCCCUACUCAACAAUCUGUGAUUACAAACUCCUAUUGAUCAAUAAAAAUAACUUUUAGUAGACUAAUCAAAUUCUGUUUCAAGUAUGUGACAACAUUGUACAAUGAAUAUAUCUUCUUGAUACAAAAUCAAAUAUUAGAGUUUAGAAGUUGAGUACUAAACUUUGUUUAAACAUAUCAUGACUGAAAAACUAUUCUAACACAGGUUGUAGUUAUUUUUAUAAUGAGGGUGAAGGUUCGUUUUUAGAUGAGUUUUGUACUCUGUAUUGUAUUUUACCAAAUCAUAAUAAUUUCAUUUUUGUCAAUGUUUGUGCCUUGAAUAUAUAUAGUAAGAAGUGAACGAUAUCUUCACACGGUGAGAUUGAUGGAAAACUAAUCAUUUUAAAAUUAUAAAAAAAUCAGUAGUCUUCUUAAAUGAAUAUAAGCAAAAUGGGUGAAAUUAGUAAUCAAAAUCACGUCUCUGAAAAUAAGUUUCCAUUUUAAUUUAGACCAGACGCUAUAUAUUCAUUUAGUAUUAAAUUAUCUACUUAUUUUCAUAAUUAUCAUACGUUUCUAUUUUAUGUAUUAUUUUACCGUUUGAAUUAAGUUUGUAUACUUCACAUAUAAUUGUAACAAUGUUUAUUAUUUCUUUGGAGUAUUUCUUUAGUUUUUGAAUUUUUCUUAAUAUUAGUUACACAAUCUGCCUUAUGCAUUUUCUAAAAAUUAUUCAAUUAUUGCUUUGCUUUUUAUUUCUCUCUUAUCUUGAAUCUUUGUGGAUCAAUAAUUCAUCUCUAGUUCUAGUUCUAUUUCAGAUGAUCUGUUUCAAUUAUUGUGUUCAUAGACUGUAGUCAAUAUAUUAUUGGUUAGAAGAAUAUGUAAUAGUUAUUGUAUUCAUCCACCAUAUUUUGAAUAAAUUUGUAAUCUCUCUACGGUUGUGCGCACCAUCAAACAAUGCUUACCAUUAUAUUGAUUGAUUGCUUAAUCUUAGUUAUCAACUAAUUGUUGAAUUUAAAUAUUCUAUAUUUUACAAAAUUUAUAUAUUCUAAUAAAUGGUUCUAAUGUGUACU